UUUAAAUGGUUGCGAUUGAUUUUCAGUCAGGCGGAUUAGCUCCAAAGUGAGUAAAAAGCUCAGCACCUGUGUGGCGUUUACUGGAACAAUGUGAACGUAUCCAUGGAGAGCGCUGUCGUGACGUAAGCAACAGGUUGAACGGAGCCCCUCGCGGACGCCCCGUGCCUGCACUUCUGUUGUUUCCCUGUCCGGAGCUCGUGCGGCACAUCCCGGUGUCAUCAUCAUCAUCAGCAGCACACGCGGAGCCGACUGCGUGCAUGUGUGUGUGAGGCUGCGCUGCUGCACGAGACCUCUGCCGCAUUCGGCUCGUGCCUCAGAACCCAUUUUAAAAACUAACGGCUCAAAACGAGACGGAGAAAACGGACAGCGGCGGGAAAACUGACGUCCUUCAGGUAAAGAGUUUGGUGGUCAAAAAUCCAGCUUUUCCCCCUCUCUCUGUCCUACAUGUCUUCCGUCCUUUUCUGUCUCUCUCUGUGAUGCUGGGCUGUGGCUGACUGUAUGCCCGUGACCAGACUGAAACUGGGGAAGCUAAAGGUGGUGCGGCGGCAGCUGCUGCAAAGAGAUCAGGUGGAAGAGAGCCUGGAGAGGUGGAGGUGUGCACAGGAGAGAAGCUGGGAGAAGGAGACAGAUGGAAAAGUGACGAUGUAUGAACACCAGCCAUUUGUCUCCUGCCUGGCUGGCCUCUACGGCUGCCAAUGGAGACGAUACCAAAGAGCCCGGGCACAGCCGGGAGAGUGCUGCUGCAGCAAGGUGGAAUGUGGCAGCUUUGGCCUCCUGAUCCUCACCUUUUUCCUGAGUUUUGUGUUCCUCUAUUUCUGGAGUGAAGCCCAGAACGACUACAAUGACUUUGACUGGUUUAACUUUGGGAAUCUUGGGUUCUGGUUCCCCUGGUCUCUGGUGCUGCUGAUUGUUGCUGCGGCUCUCUUCACAUACAUCGCUCUGCUAUUGGUGCUGGCGGUGUGUUUGCUUUCUGAGGGCCAGAGGUUGUACCUUCACUGGAGCCACAAGUCUGGUAUUGUGGUGACGCUGGCGUUCUCCGUCACAGCCACCGCCAUCCUCUCUGACCUCUGGAGCAAAGAAUGGAAGACUCUCCUCCUCUCCCUGCAGGUCACAGCACCUUACCUACAUGUGGCUGCAGUGUCACUGAUGGCGAUUCUUUCCUGGCCAAUAGCUUUACAUUUCUUUCGCAUGAACAAGAAAGUCCGUCAGGUGGCCGUCCUGGGACUGUUUCUGUCCGUGCUGUUCUCGGUCUACCUGGUUCCUCUGGGAAUGUACUCGCCCUGCAUCAAAGAGGCGGGAACUCUGGGACCUGCCCCUACUCUCAUUGGGCACAGAGGAGCUCCAAUGCUCGCUCCGGAGAACACUGUGAUGUCUUUUGAGAAGGCAGUGGAAGCUGGAGGAGAAGGACUGGAGACUGAUGUCACCAUCAGUUCUGAUGGCGUUCCCUUCCUGAUGCACGACUCCACCCUGAAGAGGACCACUAAUAUUGCGGAGGUUUUCCCAAACAGGACACACCUCGAUGCCUCCAUGUUCACUUGGACCGAGCUGCAGCAGUUGAAUGCUGGUGAUUGGUUCUUAUCGAGGGAUCCGUUUGGCACCGUGUCAUCCCUCUCUGCAGCAGACCGCUCCCAGGCCCAGAACCAGUCUAUUCCCUCACUGGCCCAGUUCCUGGAGGUAGCGGCCCGAAGUGGUAGACUCGUACUGUUCGACCUGCGCAGGCCACCGCAUGGACACCCAUACAGUCAGUCAUACAUCAACACCACUCUACAGGUGGUACAGGCCCACAUCAACUCCUCGCAGGUCCUGUGGCUGCCAUCUGAAGACAGGGACCAGGUCCAGGCUGUGGACCCAGACCUGCAGCAGACCUCUGGAGAAAAGGCUUCUAUCCAGGAGCUGACAGACGGACACAUCACCAGACUGAACCUGCACUACAGCACCAUGUCUCAGCAACAGAUCCGUAAGUACCAGUCAGUAAACAUCAGCACUAACCUGUAUGUGAUCAGCCAGCCUUGGCUCUACACACUGGCCUGGUGUGCCGGAGCGCAGUCCGUGACCACCAACUCCAUCCACGUCCUGUCCAACAUCAACAAGCCGCUGUUCCUGAUGACCCCAGAGGAAUACAGUCUGAUGUGGAUUCUUACUGAUGUGGUGUCAGCCUUCCUCGUCACUGCAAUUUUCAUAUUCCACUGGUGGAGAGAGCGAGGCCUGCCCUUCUGGUCCGGCAGCCGGCAGACUCACGAGAAUGGACCAUACAGCAAGUUCAGGACAGACUCCGCCGAGAUCAUCUGUGUUCACUGGAGCCCUCUUCACUCUGAACCUCCUCCUGGAGCCCUUGUCUCCCUCCCCCUGGUCUUCAACCCAUGACCCCCCGCAUGCCAGCCCUGCAUGUCGUCCCUCCAAGAACCUUAGCUCAGCGAUGUUUGGUCCGUCUCCAGCGUCACUGUCCGGCCUGAUUUACGGAGCAUCCCUAAUUCACCCAGCACCCCUCACCUGCCCACCAUCACAGAGGAGUGAGAGGGAGGGGGAUUAAAAAAGGAAGGUGCAAGUCAGGAAAGGACAGAUAAGAGAUGGAAAAAGUCCUUGUGUAGAGUGUGAUGAAGCCCCGUCAAACUUUCUGAUCUUUUGUUAUUUAAUUAUUGUUGCUUAUAAUAGUCAGUCUAUUAUUUAGCAUCAGUUUAACACCCACAAACUCGAUGUGGAUUGACGGGACUUGACAGACAGUGUGAGCAGCCAACACAGCAUCUGUCAUCACGUUUUGAUGGAAAACUCCGAGCAGUGCACAGAAAUUUGUGACACCACCUUUUAACAAACAAAUGAAAGGUUAAAAUGUUUGGAAGUCAUGACAGAGCGAGCAGAAAGUAGACGGCACACUCUAUUCUCCAUCUGUCAUCCUCUCUGUCUGUGGGUGGGCUGCCUGUAGAAGACGAACAGCUGGAAAUAAAAAGCCUUCAUUCAUUUCCCAUCAUAGAUGAAGCAAAUGGACUGUGGACACGCGCCCUGGGGGUGUCCGUUUCCAUACUGUAAUCUCAUGAUGCCAUUAAGUUCCUCAAAGUGAGGACAGUUAAACACGAGACCAGAGGAUGAGGACAUUUUCAUUUCUGGUCAUUCGGCACUGCUGGUGGAACAACGUGAGACGCUGAGCUUCACCGGUGAAAGAACAAAAUAAUGAACGUCUGCAGCUGCAGUGAUCCAUCAGUCACCUUUGCUCUUUGUGCGUCUGCUCGCGGAUGAAGGACCAAAUGCUGAUCAGAGAAUCUCGGAGACGCGCUGUGAUAAACUGUAAACACAGAAGAAAUGAAACGGACUCUUACAUAUGAGCUGUGCUUUUUCAUUUUCAGCUGUACAGACAUCAGGUGCAUCAGACAAAAACCUUAAACCAUGUCUUAAAUUAUCAUUUGCGUGUCUGUGAGUUGCUAGAUUCAGUGUGUGAACUCGACACUGUUGGACUGACAGAAUGAAUGUAAACCAAAGGCUCGGGAAGGGUACAGUUCAUCUAUGUGUGUGCUAAAGUGAAUGUAAUAUUAAGUUUCCAAAAGUAUGCAGAUUUUUUGGGCUGUAUGUCCAACAUGACAUUUUUCCCAGGGUCAGAUCUCAGUUCUACCACCGUGGGGAAAAAGGUCAUUUUAAUUAGAUUAUAUAUACAUAUAUCUCUAUAUAUUGCUGGUUAGCUUAAUCUAUAAGUGCUAUAGCAUAAUUAAUCAGUAGGUUUAUUUUUUUAUAGUAAUAGUCUAAACCUGCAAAAUAAUUAAUAACUAGAGCAUUAAGAUAAAUGUAGUGGUUUAAACGUCCUUCUGUAGGCUCCCCCUGCAUGCUGCAGGCAUCAGUGCUCGAGAGAGAGGGCGGCUGCUGUCGGCCUGCAGAGGUUUACAAGGAAUCUGCAAAAUUCAACGAUGGUGACAAACUAAACAUUCAGUUUGUCUGCAUCCAAUCAGCUUUUGUUUUAUCUUCUUCGUACUUCAGUCGCUCUGUCUCCGUGUCAAACACACCUGGUGGUGGAUGGUACCAGGUGUGAAGUUAGUUUUGUAGAUCAAGGACUCUCAUUGGCUUUUUACCUGUGAUGGUUUUGAUUGUGAUUGGGUCAACGUGCCACUCACAGCCCCCCCCUCUUUGCUCCCUGUAGAGAAUGUGUGUGCUUGUGCGUGUUAAGGGUCUUUUACAGUUGGAUCCAUCAGUUUGCUGGGGUCCACUUUGGUCCAGGUGAUGUAAAUUUUCUCAUCUGAUAUAAAGCAGGAGUCUCCGUGUGGACGCCUGCAGGGGCGGUUGGCAGUCUUUGAGCAGACUUCAGAGACAUCAUGAAUGAAUACCGCUCUGUGAUGUCUGCAGCUGACUGUGUAUAUUCCCCACCACUGCCCUGCUGGCCUGCACUCAGAUUCAGACCCAAGUCUGCUUCAGUUUGUCAAAACAAUCACUCUCACAAGCUUUUGAAAACCUCUCUUGCAAUGCAGAGAGGUUUAUAACUUUAGUGGCUUGACUGAAGCAAUUCAAACGAACAGAGUCGCACCUCUUCCAGGUUAGGUGAUCACAUGGUUAAACAGACCGGAUGUUGGGGGUUAUUGUGGAGUCGGAGAGCAGGCGCUGCAGAUCCACCAAGAACAAACUUGUUUAUGGUGUUGUGUUGAGUAAAGUGGGGGCUGAAUCUAAAUCUAAGCUGCUAAAUCCUUUUAACCGUCCGCAUGGCUCUAUUUUAGUCACACUGCCUCCCUCAUUGCCUCUCCUUUCAGCAGCCUUGUGGACUUUCUUUGAUGUGAAAAUACUGACUGCAAGAAAAGUCUGUUUGUUAGUAAAACGUGCAGCGGCACAAACUGCCCGACACGUGUUUUUUGGGUUUUUUUAAAACUUGCUGCUGGUAAUUUUAUUUUGGUGUCUCAUGAGUGCCAAGUGUGGUAUCAGUGUCAGAGAAACCGACUACUUUAAUGAGGUGAUAAGUGCAGUAUCAGCUUUGUCUUCAAAUAUAUACACGGUAUCUCCCGGCACACACACUGAAUCUGUACUGUGUUGUCUUAACUUAAACUGAUUUCAGCGAUGAAAUGCAGAGCGUCUUGUCAGCUUUGCAGGUGUGAAAUCUGCAGGGUGAGGCGGCCUUCGCUUUUCUGCUGUAAGUGGAUUUGUUUUUCAUCACUUUGAUCGCACAUCAUACAUAAAUGUGCAGGAUUCUUAUUUAGAAAAUACAAAAUAGUUUCUAAAAAUUCUCCUAGAGGUGACUCAUUAUGCUAAAAGUGCAGUCUUUGCUACAAGCACAUGUUUAAUGGACCAAUUUCUGUGUAGAAAUCUGAGUAAAAACAAAACACUGAAAACCUGUUGACUUGGUGUAAAAAGUAAUUUGCUCCUUUUUUUUUUUUUUUUUUUUUUUACCUCCAGUGCUUUUAUCCAUCCUUUAACUUCCCGUCUCCAGUGCUUUAUGCCAGUUUCUGCAGGCUCAGCUCUAAACAUUCAGGGUGAAGAGCAACAGCACAGAGACAGUUUUGGUAGCUUUGACCAAUCUUGUAUGUUACUGCCCUCCUGUCCCCUAAUCAGGGUCGUAACACUGACAAUGAGAGGUAAAUUAAUUCUUUUAUCCCUUAAUCAAGGCACAAAAUAAGACUUUGUACCCCUCAGCAGUAAAAGCCUGAUGGGACAUUGUUGUCCCCCUGCCGGGAAGGCCGGUGGCAUGGACACAGUUUGUGAAUGGAGGAGAACGAGGCAACAUAGGAGUUUCAAAUUGAUACCACGGGUGCAUCUUCUGGGAGGUUGAGGGUAACACUGGUGGCCGUCGUUAUGAUCCUAUAGUGUUAAAAUCUGCAGUGUUUUCAGUAAAUUCCCAGCUGCAGACAUCAGUAAAUGAUGAUUCAUUUAAAUACUCGCCUCCAAAAAUCUUCUAAAAAGUCAGAAUUAAACAGGACAGCUGAAAUCUACCACGUAUAUAUGCAAUGAGGCAGUUGAAGUCUGGCACCAGGUGUCCUCAGCAAAUUCAAAUGGUAGUUUUCAAAAGAGGGUUUUGUGCUGUGCCAAAUGUCUCCAAUUUUAAUCAAUUCUGAGAUUUGAAUAAAUCCUGGAAAUUUCAAGUUUUGGAUUUUGUUGGAAAUUUGGAGCUGUUCUCGAGUAGACUCACAGCUUUACCUGUUCUGCACCACACUUGACUCCCAUGUUGGGCCCACAGAGGCCUGGGUUUAGUCCAGCAGAGGACAGGGAGACACAAGACCUGCGACUGAUUAAAGAGCUCAAUAAACAGUCACAACAGACUCCAGCCUGAUAUGAUGCACUGUAAUCUGAAUGUGUAGUUGGUGUUUGACAGUGGCUGAUGUGCUGUGUAGGCUCAGUGUUUGAACUUCAGCUAUGAAUCACUAGAAAAACACCGCCAGUGAAGUCUGGUGGCAGAGCAGCCCUCUGGCUUUUCUUUGGACUUGAAUUCUAUUAAAAUGUGUUGUAUUUAACUUUGGGGGGGUUAUACAUCAUUUUGCGUAACCUUAAAUAGUUUCUGUAAACAGCAGUUUUUAGUUGAGUAAUACUCGAGCAUCCAGAGGAACUGCUGGAAUUUCACAGGACAGGCAGCACACUAGAGGCUACAAACAGCAUCAAAGAUACAUCUGUGUAAUACGUUUAUCAACAUGCUAAUUGCAAAUAAAAUCUACUCAAAAUCAUAAAAACGUAGUUAUUUUGUGACUUUUGACCAAAGAAAGCUACGAGAGUAGCUUUGUGCUUUUGAUGCCUGAAAAUACAGUUCAUCCUAUUUGUCUUAUGGUGCUUUGCUGGUUAUAGCAUUUAUGACGAGACCUGGAUUCUUUGUACAGAAACAAUUAUCCAUUAAUAGGUUAAAAAUAUCGCUUGUUAUCACCAAUAGUGGACACAUGUUUAAGUCGGCGUGUGUUUUAGAUACCCCCAACAUGCAGCUGGGCAUACAGCGCCAUCAGCAGGCAGUCAUCACACAUCAGCCUGUUUUACAAGCAACUCUGUUACAGUUUAUGCUAGAGACAAAAUUCAAAUAGUUCCUGAAAGAUGAGAAUUAUUACAAAAUGAAUUCAGGCAUCCCGUUUGAUUCUUUAGGUGAUAAAGUUUAAGACUCACUGAGACCUCAAGCCUCUCCAGGUUGAGAGUUUAAAUCAUCCAAAACAGGCCACCUUUAGUCAAGACUGAUGAUCUGGAUUAUCUGGUGCUUGGAAAGAUUUCGUUUCUCUGUAAAGCUACAAAGAAAAGCUUUGAUGUUAUUUUCUAACCCAGUCGCAGUCAGUGCAGCGUCUCUGCUUUGCUGUCUUCAUUCCUGCAGGAGUGCAAACAUUUUUAAGCGGGUACAACUGAGGCUGUCUGUUAGUUGUUUGAUACGUCAAUCCUGGAGAGGUCCUGACUGCACACUGAGGUUCUGUUCAUUGGCUGCUCUUUAAAUGUGACUCAUCUUUUAAUGUUAUGGAUGUAAGAGACAUUUACAGGCAAAGUGGGACCUCUGAGGUGUUAAAUGAUAAAAAUCACUGAAAAGAGCGAGAGCAUCUAAAAUCUUAUGUAUCGCUUAGUGUUGUUUUUGAAUAAUGAGCUUCAUACUUGGUGCUGAGAAGUGAUAUAAUGUAAUAAUAUAAAACUAGUAUCAUAGUUCAGAUGCUGAUCUUUCAAAAUGUUAAAUAUGUUUGUUUGUUUUUUUACAUUGUGCUGUUCUGACCUGCAAAAUUUUAUUUUAUAAAGGCAGUUAUUUUGCUUUACUGUAACUUUUCUGAUUAAAUGCUGCUGUCACCUGGUAUUAAAACAUUAGAAACAGAA